AUGUCUGCUGGAGGCCCAGGUGAUGCUCCUCCCAACCCAGGCACACCAAAACGCUCCGGUGGUGGCCCCCGACCUUCUGGACCCUUUGGUCGCCGCCUUAUUCUCGGUGGAUUAGCGCUGGGAUUAAUAUAUGCUGUUUGGCCAAAGCGAGCACCACAACCAGGCGGAACACCGAGCAAUCCUUUCAAGACACAGGGGGUGCAAAAUGUCGAGAACGCAUACGAGAAUGCGGGCGCCACUGCAACACACACUAAAGCAUAUGGAGGCACGGUCCAGGGAAAGAAAGAGUCGGGCUCCUAUAGAGAGACUGUAGGCACCGACAAGCCCAAAGGAUACAGUCAAGAGGGGAUCGGCUACGACCAGCGUCCUCAGCAGCCUACCAAGGUUGGCGAAGCAUGGAAUGAGUUCACAUACGGCUCCUCUAAGGGGAAAUGA